AGCGCUAACACCCUUUUCAUAGUGAGUCUCGAUUGUUAUAAGCGUGUCAUACUUGCUUCCAAGUUAGCUAGCUCACCGAUCGCUCCUUUUUCUCUCCAUAGAAUUAUUCCAGCAGAUUCUCUGAAUAUGUCCCUUUGUCUAACUGCGGAAGACUAUACAGUAGCAUGGUUCUCUCCCUUGCAUUUUGAGGCUAGCGCUGCCCUUCUCAUGCUAGACGAACACCACGUGAGUCCUGUUCCGAAUAGAGGCCAACAGCUAUGCUACAGGUUUGGGCGGAUGGGCAGGACCAACGUUGCAAUCGCUUUCUUCCCAGAUGGAGAAAUCGGAAUUGGCGUUGCCGGCUACAUGGCCUCGGAGGUCCAGCGUGACUUGCCUAACGUCAAGACUGGCCUCCUCGUUGGUGUAGGUGCAGGUAUACCUCGAUAUGGGCAUGAUCUGCGUCUAGGUGAUGUGGUGAUCGCUACUCCAACUGAGAACAACUCCGGCGUUUUAGGGUACGAUAUGGUCAAAGUCGAGCCGGAGAAGAUCGUUCUCAAGCAAUGGCAGAAUGCACCCGAUCGGCAUAUACGCUCCGCAAUGACCAAUUUCCGGGCUUCCCAGGAGACGCCUACAAGAUUCAAACUAAAUCUCCAGAGGUUCAAAGGGACAAGCUUCCCUCAACAAUUUGUGGCACCAGCCAAUGUCCUCUGUGGGUCAUUUGGGGAGCAACGUGAGCCUUUAUUCCACUAUGGCUGUAUUCUGUCUGGGAACAGUGUUAUUAAGUCUGCCGAUCUACGCGACGAGUUAGCCCGUGAAUACAAGGCCAUUGCGAUUGAAAUGGAAGCAGCUGGAAUGAUGAAUACCUUACCAGUUGCAGUGAUAAGAGGAAUCAGUGACUGGGCAAAUGCCGACAAGAACGACGUUUGGCAGGGUUAUGCAGCAGCAACCGCUGCGGCGGCAGCAAAGGAACUCCUAGCAUGUUUAGAUGGGAGCAAUUCGAUCAGCUACGGAACUCAAAUAAGGGACCAAUCUAGAAUGAAUAGAGAAAAUUUGAGAGUUCUAUUGACCAGCAAAGCCGCCGAAUAUGGACAACCAAACAUGGACUGGCAAAAUUCUGUUGUUGAUUUGCUCAAAAUAUUGAAUCUAGAUUCAUCGCCCGGAGCAAGAAAGAGACUAGCACAAAGAUGGAAUAUCUUGGUCGGAGAAAAUGGCAGUGCGUCGCGAAACGUAGCUCUCCACAGAACCAUCACCGAAAGGCUUGCGACAAACAACGGAGUGGUUCCAGACUCCCUUCUAAGGGGUUUAUCGGUGGAAGAUUACGGCAGCUAG